GGAAACCCGACAGGUCAGGGGACACAGGUAAUGCGGUUGUCCAACCCAAGUGGCCGCUGCGUUUGGGGCUGGGGGCACGGCCAGAAUCCCAUCGGGGCUGGAGGAGGUGGUCAGGGGCUCCAGGGAAGAGCCAGAAGACCGGAGUGCAGGGGGUGGAGGCGUGCACCCCCAGUGGGCCCUGCUGGGGUGGGGCGUGGCCAGAUCACCAAAGAGCAUUGGCGCUCUCAGGGGCAGGGUCUCCCCAGGACCAGUCACAGGUGGAGACAGGCCCUUGCGGGGCGAGGGCGUGGCUACAGAACCAGGGGGCGGAAUCAGGACCUCAGGGGCAGGUCCAGGAGCUCCAGGAGGUGGAAUCCCCAAAGGCCAGAGGAUCGCUGACCGGAGUAGAAGCUGAGACCCAAACUCCAGGAAAAGGAGUCAAAGCAACAUGGGGUGUGGCCAGGGAAAAGCCAGGGAGCGUCAGGAAGUCCUAGCAGAGACCAAGGCAAUAAAGGGGGAGGGACCGAGGGCUCCAGGGGGUGAAGGCCCGGUCUCCCAUGCAAUAUCCAGGACCUGCAGCACCCUGGGGACAUGGCUGGGCUCCAGGCACAGUGUCCUGCUCCCUCGGGGCGGAGCCAACAGCUUCCAGUGGGUGUGGCGUUACCGGGUCAGGAGGCAGGGCCAGGCACCAAAAGGCAGCCAGUCAACAACAGCAGAUUCGGGGCAAGACGAGGGCCCAAGGGGAGGAGUCAGAGCUUCCACCGGGGUAGACCCUUCCUUAUGGGCGGAGUCACAGGGCCAGGGGGUGGCUUCUCCUGGGUGAGAAUCAGAGGCUCCAGCCCAGGCGGCCUGCCCGCUGGGCGCCCCCCGCCCUCCACUGCCGAGCUCCCAUCAGGGCUCCAGGCCUCCCCCGCCGGAGGCUUCCCCCCAGGAUGGCAUCAGCGGGAGACGCCCCCACCAGCCCUCGUGAUGCAGCAGACCAGAACUUCGACUACAUGUUCAAGCUUCUGCUCAUUGGCAACAGCAGUGUGGGCAAGACGUCCUUCCUGUUCCGCUACGCAGACGACUCCUUCACACCCGCCUUCGUCAGCACCGUGGGCAUUGACUUCAAGGUCAAGACCGUCUACCGCCACGACAAGAGGAUCAAGCUGCAGAUCUGGGACACGGCAGGGCAGGAACGCUACCGGACGAUCACCACAGCCUACUACCGGGGAGCCAUGGGCUUCCUGCUCAUGUACGAUGUUGCCAACCAGGAGUCCUUUACCGCCGUGCAGGACUGGGCCACCCAGAUCAAGACCUACUCCUGGGACAAUGCUCAGGUCAUCCUCGUGGGGAACAAGUGUGACCUGGAGGAUGAGCGUGUCGUGCUUGCGGAGGACGGCCAGAGGCUCGCCGAUGACCUUGGUUUCGAGUUCUUCGAGGCCAGUGCCAAGGAGAAUAUCAACGUGAAGCAGGUCUUCGAGCGCCUGGUGGAUGUCAUCUGUGAGAAAAUGAAUGAGUCCCUGGAUCCCAGCUCCAGCCCGGGCAGCAAUGGGAAAGGCCCCGCCUUGGGGGAUGCCCCACCUCCCCAGCCUAGCAGCUGUAGCUGCUAGAGAGGGUACCCAACCCCCACCCACCCCCUCCUGCCUCGGCGGGGAAUGUGACUGAGGCAUGAGCCACAAGGGCUAUUUUCAAGCUCAGGGCGCCCCCUUCCCUCCUGUCAGCUGUCAGCUGCCCCUCACUGCCUGCAUGGCUCGUUUCCUCACUAUAGCCGCCAGCUGCCCAAGCAGCCCCUGUCGCAAGCUCCAGACCCCAGGACUCUGCAUGAGAGGCAGGGUCUGGGGAUGUUGACAUGCACGCGCUUGCUGCCUUCCGGUGUUUCAGUGGGCGCACAUGGGCAGCCUGUGGGGCUUCCACAGUGCCUUCUGGGUUCGAGCCAUUGUCCACAUCCGUUCUGUGCUGGGCCUUGUCUGGAGUUCACGAGCUGGCUGAAGGGGUUAGCCUUCUUCCGCCCACCAUGCGGGUUCUCCGAGUUCAUCCUUGGAGAUGGGGAAGGAGGCUCCUUGCUCGGGGUCCCCUACUCUGAUCCCGAGCCUGCCCGUCGAUCUCUGAUCUCAAGGCUCCAAGGUGGGGAGGUGACUUUGGCCCUGGUAGACCCCUCCCUUCUGGCCUGCAGAUCCUCUGUGAGAACAGUAUUAAAGCAGCUUUACCUGUUGGGGAGGGAUAGGGGGUCAGAACCCCCUGGCUUCGGGGACCCCGAAGUGCCUUCUGAGUUUCCUCAGAAUUCCGCAUCACCACGACCCUGCCACUGUUUUGGCUGACCCAUGGUGCCCCUGAUCCGGGAUUGAAUUCUGGAAUGAGGCACCGUGUUAGGCCAGGCAGAGAAUCGCCAACCCCCUGGCCUUACCGUUUGGGGCUUUUUGCCAGGAGUUAACCUCAGAGCCAGGAGCCCCGGCCCUCCCGCCCAAACCUGCCUCCCUGGGCCCAUUUGGUGAUGUUUUAAGCAAGGUCUUUCCACAUCUCACAUCCGGCUAGAGAAGGAAAUUGAGCAACGUUCCCAUAGCCCUCUCUUGCUGGUGACUUUCUGCUGUAAGGACUUGGGCUUCUUUCACCCGAGCACCGGUUGAAGACCCAGGGUCCGCGUCCUGAGCCAUGUCAUCGGUGGGGCCCAGAGAUGGGACCUUUUUUUGCUAAUGGAGGAGUCACUCUCAGGAAUGUUUGGGGUUUGGGCUGGAGGAGUGAGAGGGUAGGGUUGUGUAACUGCGACUGCCUCUUGCACUUCAUGAUAUAGCUUGGGAGUGGCAGGCUGAUGGGGGAUGGGCUGGGGUCAGUCUCCCUGGGUGAGGCUCGGGUUCGCAGCUGCCCCGGGCUCCUGCUGUGGGAGAUUAUGUGCAGUUUGGGGAUCUACCCUCUUCACACGCACCCCGUACAGCUCAGUGGCCCUUUCUGCCCUGGAACACCAACCGACACCCCAUAACUUGACAGACACUGUGAGGACAGCCUACACCGAUAGUUUGUGUUCCCAAUCCUACUGUCCCAGCCCCUGCUGGCAAGACGACCUCCUGUAGCCUUAAAGGUCUCCACCUCCUCCGCUGCGGUAUGGGGAAGGCCUGGUUCAAGUUUAAGAUUAGCUCCCGCCUUUCUGGAAACUCUAGAUUGAACCUGUUUCUAGAGGGCCCUCUGUGCCCCGUACCAGGGUCUGCCCUGAGACUUUCAGAGUGAGGAUAUCUUUGUACACCAACAAGUUAAACGACUGGUGAAAGGACCAAGUUUUGGGAGACACACAAAGUGAGAAGAUCUGAAAUCAGAAAUGCUCCUUGCUUUAACAUAAAAGUGAAAUUAAAUUAGUUAAAAGUCUUCUUGAGUUGCACCACGGGCUGUCAAGAUGUCACUGGCCGGUCCAUUCUCGCCGAGCUGCUGCCAGAAAAAACGGUGGGUCAAGAGGGACCAGCCUAUUGCCACGGCCCGUGUGAUGCAGCGUUGGCCGCAUCGUGUAUCUGACUCGGUCUAAGCUUUCUGUGUGCACAGAGUUUUUCAACCGUUCAGCUUCAAGUAGCAACUGAGACAGCUGCCGCCGGGUUCUCUCAAGACUGGGACGCAUGUAGGAGCAGAAUAUGUAUUUUUGUUUCUGCUAAAAAUAAUGCAAGUUUUUAUUUCAUGACGUUUGGGGGGGAGUGUUCGCUCAAGAUAGCCUCUGGGGAACCGAAAUCGAUGUCCUCCCGGGUCACUGAGGGGAGGGAGGCUUGUUGAGUUUACAAACAAAAAUAAACCAAAGGCUGUGGGAAAACCACCUCCCAGCUGCCGGGAGCCGGGCCUGGAGCCCUCGCCUGGGGCUGGGUCCUGCCUGGGUGCUGUCCCUUCUUACCAUUUGCUUUUAGCAACUUGUCUUUCCACAGGCAGUUCGGUGGGAAACUGCCAUGAUUGCUGUGGUGUAGGGUUCUGCUUUCUUUUCUUUUUUUCUGGCUUCUCUGGGGGUCAUAUUCUUGUGUCAUUCUCUCCAACUAAACUUAGAAAAACAAGCAAAGGGUGAAAUUUGGUCUCCGUGUGGAAGUGCUAAUUCUGCUAACUGGCUUCUUCUCCCCCAUAAUCCCAAAACACUACGGAGAGAGCCCUCGGCCUGCUCAUUUCUGCCCUGGAUGUGGCUCUCCUGCGUAAGCGAUUCUUUGAUGACCAUUGGAAAGACGUUGCACUUUUCUCCACAAGAAAAAACAAUUAAAGCCAUUGUGCCCAGAUGCAGUUGUUUUUUUAUUUCCAUUAGUGAAAUGCGACUUCCAGGAAGAGGGCAGUUGACUCACAGCCAAGCAGAGGGUUGAGGGCCAUGCGGGUUGUAGCAGAUCCCGCGUGAGUCCAGGGAGGCUCGGGCCUGGGGCUGUCUAGCGGGAACUCUGGGCCACCCCACCCCUUUGGCCCUGGAAACUGCCUCUGCCUGGAGGGCAGAGAGGAUAAUGUUGCUCCAACUAAUUCAACUAGGAAGGUCUGUCCUCCACCACAGCCGCCAGGGGGGCGCCUGUGAGCACCCAAGUCUGGUCACAUCCCUCUCCUCAGAACCCUCCAUGGCUCCCACCUGCCUGGGAGUAAAUGCCAAAGUCUCCCUGUGUCCUACAAGGUACUGCCUGACCUCAUCAGCCACCUCCUUGCUCUCAACUUUUCCCACUUGCCCCCUACACUUGCUUUGCUCGGGUCAUAUUGACCUCCUAGCUGCUAUUUGAACACACCAGGCCCCUGGCUCAGGGCCCUCGCAUUAGCUGUUCCUCUGCCUGGAACUCUCCUACCCCAGGUAGUCACAAAGCUCCCCUCUCUCACUUCCUCUUUCAGGUCUUUCCAUAAAUUUCACCUUCUCAUUCUGCACCCCUCCCCCUACUUCCCUCACAAUUUAGUACUUUAGUACUGCAACCCCUCCUUCCCACAGCCCCUAGAAUAUAAAAUACUAUUUCAUUUUCUCAUUUAACUUCAAUAAGUAUCUCCUCCAAUAGUGCCAGCUAAACGUAGGGAUUUAAAAAUAUUUCACUGCCACCCCCAGCUCUGUUCCUGUCUGCUACAAUAAAAAAGAAAUACUU